AAAUAUUAUUGAGAACAUUUGUAUAUGUAUUGUUAUGUGGGAAUGAAUGAAAUGAGAGCAAAAAUUUAAUUGGCACUUAAGCACAACAGUUCUACUAAUUCUAUGUGAUCUCGGAGUUUGAUCUUAUAAAAUAUAUUGUAUAACGCCUGUAUGUAUGAAUAUUUGCUGAUUGGAAAUUGUGUCACAUACGAUUAUUGAUAUAUACAUAGGAUUAGCACUUUAAUCUCCAUUUGUUGACGUAAAAUAUAUAACCAAAUGUCAUCAUUACACCCAAUUGAAGAAGAACGUUCCCAUAGCAACGACGACGAGGAUGAUAAUGAUUUUGAUGACGAAGAUAAUUUAAGGUUGUCAGAAAUGGCAAUCAUGAGGGCUAGACAGUUCAUGGUGCGUUUCCUGAAAGGUUUUGGAUCCGGGUUAGGGGUAUACACUGGUAUAAAGAUCGUGACGUCAUUAAUGAGGAAUCCGUUCCGGGAAAGCUUACCGAAGAUCCGAGCGGAGUUUCUUGCAAAAGACAGUUUUAAGUUCGCAGCUUUCCUCGGCCUUUUCCCAAGUAUCUACGACCUCGUCGUAGAGCUACUAGAACAUUAUAGAGGACGACGGGAUGACUUUAACAGCGCCAUUGCCGGUGGAAUUGCAGGUCUGUCAAUGAUUGUAGAAGAUCACACGAGAAGACGCAUAUAUUGUCUCUUUGCCAUUGCACGUGCAAUUGGUGCCAUGAUAACAACGCUCGUAAAACGUGGUAUUGUGCCAGCAGUUCCAUAUAGCGAAACGGCUUUGUUCUGUUCGUGCACAUCGUUCCUCGUCUAUUGCACUGCUUUGAAACCACAAUAUUUGUUUACAGGGUAUUACCGUUCAGUAUUAAAGUGGUCACGUGACUAUAGUGAUCAAAAACUCAAAAUUCUAUUUAGGGAACCAGGAGCUCAUUUUUUGACAUGCGCAGAAGCCGGUCUGCAUGAACAGAGUUGCACAUACCAUGCAUUCAAGGACUUUCUCCAAAGUUUACCCCCAUUUGCGAAGCUGUAUUUGCCGAUUCACAUGGCGCCAAUAAUUUUCUUCAACCACAAACGGCUUAUAAAAAGACCUAAAAGGGUUUUAAUUUCACUUCUGAAAAAUAUCGUGUUUUCUACUGCGUUUCUUGCUACCAUGGUGAUGUUGGCCAAAUACGGAAUAUGUAUACUGCGCAACUUCCAGUUCCGGAAACCGCCGCUGUCUCCAUGGAUACCAACAAUGGCUGGCUUUAUCGCUGGACUCGGUGUUCUUUUUGAGAGAGAAAACAGGAGAAGAGAGCUUUCUCUUUUUCUCAUUCCACAUACAUUAUAUGCUAUAUAUCUUUGGGCAAAGGAGCAUGGAAUCAUCAAGCACAUUCCAAAUAGUUCAUUGCUUAUGUAUGCAGUUGCCAUGGUUCCUAUAAUGCAUGCUUACGAGCGGGAACCAGAGUCUCUCAAUCUUCUGCUACAUAGCGCCCUCAAGUUCUUCGUCGGAAAGCGACAGAGUACCAUAGAAAGAAAGAAGCGAAGGACUAUAAGUGAAAUGAGUAUGUAAAAUGUUGAAAGUUGUGAAAUACAUUGUAUGUAACAUUAUUCUCAAUGGUUCAUUCCCAGCAGUGCAGACAUAAUGUUACCUCAGUAUGAGCAG